CCAAUGAACUACCUAUAAUCCUCGUCGAUGUAGAUACAUUACGGGCCUAGCUGAUAAGUUUGCAUAUACCAAUGCACCUUGUUUCUUACGAAUUACGUGAGAAAAGCAUCAGAAAUUCCGACCUUCGUACUUCAUACUUCAUAUUUCUCACCGCUCUCGAGCUGCCCUAGUGCAACAACUUAGAUUUUUUAUUCAACACCAAAAACCUCAGUUCCCCUUUGGUGCGGAUAUUUCUUCGCUCCCAGAACGGACUUCUCCAUCUGCCUAGCAAGAUGGCAGGACAAGCGCUGCGUGAGCAGCUUGCAGGAGUAAGUUAUCCGCCAGUGGCGCCCAACUGGGGCGCCGACUAUUGUACCAACCAUUAUGACACGUACGACUACAUUGACCCUGUUAAAAGGUCCAAUUGCACUGGAAAGGCCAUUUUGGUGACUGGGGGAAACAAGGGGAUUGGAAAAGGUAUCGCUUUAUCGUAUGCCAGAGCAGGUGCAUCGCACAUCGCCAUCACUUCUCGCUCAGACGUCCCGGAAGUUGUAGGAGAGAUCGAGAAAAGCGCGGCGGAUGCCGGACGGGCGAAACCGGUAGUAAUCGUGCUGCGGUUAGAUGUCACGGAUUCGACGAGUGUGACUAACGCUGCUCACGUCUUAGAGGGGCAAUGGGGCCGACUCGACAUCCUAAUUGGCAACGCAGGAUAUCUGUCCAAGUACGACAAGAUAUUAGACGGAGACGAGGAAGGAUGGUGGCGGAACUUCGAAGUUAACGUUCGCGGAAGCUACCUCGUUGCAAAGGCUUUUCUACCCCUGAUGCUAAGGGGUGGGGACAAGACUAUUAUUAACAUGUCUUCAACUGGAGUCCAUCAUUUCCAUACAGGCGGAAGUGGCUAUCAGCUCAGCAAGUUUGCUCUUCUGAGGCUUACCGAGUAUCUCAUGGCGGAGUACGCAGAUCAAGGCCUCCUUACUUAUUCAAUACAUCCAGGAGGAGUCGCUACGGAUCUGACUCGGGGGUUACCAGAAGCAACACAAGCUUGGCUUAAAUGCACACCCGCCCUAAGUGGUGAUACGAUAACCUUCUUAACGAGCCGGAGACAAGACUGGUUGGCAGGUAGAUAUCUUAGUGUGAUGUGGGACAUGGCCGAAUUCUUCUCCAAGAAGGACGAGAUCAUCACAAAAGAUGCUUUGAAGAUGAGGAUGACUUUCUAAAUUGAAGGCUUGUGGUUCAGCAUCCGCGUAGACCCGGGGCUGUUAAACCCCUAUAUCUCAUAGCGCAUGUUGUCGGUCGUCAACGUACCGAUAAUAAUCCAUUCAUACAGAAGGACCACGAAAAAUUAGAAACGAAUAGAACAGCGGAAUUACUUGGAUAGAAUAUUAGAUUACCAUCAAUAGAAGGGGAAAUUAACAUACGA